AUGAUUAGAAACAAUGCCAAAUACUUGAGGGGCACUGGUGAUAUGGCAUUUAUGUCUCAUGUCAGGCGUAAUGUGGCAUUGAAGAAAUCGCAAAAUCCAAAAUUGGUCAUAAGAGAGCAGGCGAGCCAUCAGUUUUCUGUUAUGGAAUACAGUGACAACCUACUCAACCAUUUGAUUCGGUUGGACGAGAAUAACAAGAGUAACGUUUUCAAGCCGAGUUUGCCUAGCUUUAAUUCCCAGCCACAGAUAAACCAUAAGAUGAGGUAUCUUAUUUUCGAUUUCUUGAUGUGUUGUCACACAAGGCUGGGUUUAUGCACUUCAACAUUAUUUCUAUGUUUCAAUCUCCUGGAUAGAUAUACUUCCAGGUACAUAGUUGAGAGUAGUGAUUACCAAUUAUUAGCGUUGACCGCUUUAUGGAUAAGUUCGAAAUAUUGGGAUUCCAAGAAUAGAGCUGCUUCAUUACCUGUUUUGCAAAACUUAUGUUGCAAACAAUACUCAAUUCGUCAAUUCAAGGAAAUGGAACUUCAUCUUUUGAAGGCUUUGAAUUGGUCGUUAUCCCAAAUUGCGACACCUGAUUCCUUUAUUGAUAUUUUACUAUUCCUAAAGGAUAACAAGAAUGUUCAACCUGCAGUUCUUAAAACUGACAACAUAACUGAAUUGAUCAAUAUCAACGAUAUUAAAUCGGGUUCAGUUAUGCUUUGUCAGUUGGCAUCAUUUGAUCUCCAACUAUCGUUCAAUUACACAACUUCACAAAUUGCCCUUGGCGCAAUUACAUUAAUUACAAUCGCACUGAAAUUACAAAAAUUAAAUCAAUGGGAAAACUUUCAAUCUAGUAUUAAGGACGCUAGUCUGAUUAGAAUUUGUAGUGCCUUGUUGGAUUUAGUUUUAAAAUUUGAUUCUUUACCUUCGAGUUUCAAGUUCAAGUAUAUCGAUAAUUCUGAUCCAACAAGUGAAAUGCUACUAGGCUCUCUACAAAACUAUUUCAUUCAAUUGCAACUUGAAGAAUUGUAUCGUUCCCAAGUAUUAAUUUCCGCAAAUUAUGCUACGGGGUCACCAAUGACAUCGGAUCAUCCACCUUACGAAAAAAAUAAUGACACUAAUGAAUCUUCAAUGCGAGCUAGAGAGGAGGUUAGAAGAAACAGGGGAGAACAAAAUUUCGCAUUCACACCUUUUAAUUUAGCAUCGAUUAAAUCUAAUACUCCUUCACCUGCUAUAUCUUCUUCUACAUCGCCAUUUGCAUCGCCAUACAUGGCUCAUGAGUUGUCGUCCGCUGCAACUAAUGUUAAUACUCCUGAUUCUUUACCAACCCCUUCGUCCGAUAAAACAUUAGCCUAUCCAUUAAUGACUUCGACCGCUUCGAACUAUUUUACUUCGUUACCGUUGAAUUCUCCAAGUUUAUCGGUGUUACAGAAUAAGAUGAAACUGGAUGGAAGGAAAAGAUCGUUCAUUUAUGGCAACAGUAGUGCCGUAGGCUCUACCGGAAUUGCACGUACGAAUUCUAUGAUCAAAUCCAAGAGAUGCACGGCAGCCAUAACAUCGGGAGCUACCUCUACUUUUGUUAAGGGUCAUAAGAAGAGGGCUUCAUCGAUUAUGGAUAUUGACUUUUUCGAAGAAGAAGUAGCUAGUAAACGCUAG